GCGAAGGUUACGUUUACAAACAAAAUGGCUGAAGACAUGCAGAAAAAGGAUAGUUCUGUUGCUGAUUUUUUUUAACGCUUUACAGUCAUUUCACAAAUUAAACGUAACAAGAUGGACUACAGCUAUGUUUGAGCAAACGAUAACUUGUCUUUAGUAUUUCAAACAACUAGAACUUAAGGAUUUAAUGAAACGGAACCUGUUAAAGAGGGUUUGAGUGAAUAAACUGAAGAGCAGCAUGAACCGCAAGAAAGACAAGGGCUUUGAGAGCCCACGACCAUAUAAACUAACCCAUCAGGUAGUCUGCAUCAACAACAUCAAUUUUCAGAGAAAGUCUGUCAUUGGUUAUGUGGAGCUGACCAUCUUUCCAACAGUGAUGAACCUGAACCGUAUUAAAUUGAAUAGCAAGCAGUGCCGUAUCUACAGGGUGAGAGUGAAUGAUCUUGAGGCUCCAUUCAUUUACAACGACCCUACACUGGAGGUCUGCCAUCAUGAAUCCAAGCAGAGGAACCUGAACUAUUUCUCCAGUGCUUACACAGCAGCUGUUAGUGCUGUAGAUCCAGAUGCUGGAAAUGGGGAACUUUCCAUUAAAGUUCCUUCUGAGCUCUGGAAACAAGGAGAUGAGAUGAAAGUUAUGAAGGUGUACAUUGAAUUUUCAUUGGACCAGCCGAAGGGGGGGUUACAUUUUGUAGUACCUGAUGUGGAAGGAAGUAUGGCAGAAAGAGCAGCCCAUGUUUUCUCCUUUGGCAACCAGAAUUCCACACGGUUCUGGUUUCCAUGUGUAGACUCAUACUCUGAGCUGUGCACAUGGAAGCUGGAGUUCACAGUGGAUGCCUCCAUGGUGGCAGUGUCCUGUGGGGAUCUAGUGGAAACAGUCUACACCCAUGACAUGCGCAAGAAAACCUUUCACUACAUGCUGCCCAUCCCCACUGCAGCACCUAACAUUUCCCUGGCUGUGGGGCCCUUUGAGAUUCUUGUGGACCCCUACAUGCAUGAGGUCACUCAUUUUUGCCUGCCUCAGCUUCUGCCCCUGCUGAAGCACACGAUGUCCUACCUGCAUGAGAUUUUUGAGUUCUAUGAGGAGAUCCUCACCUGUCGCUACCCUUAUUCUUGCUUCAAGACUGUCUUUGUGGAUGAGGCUUAUGUGCAGGUCUCAUCGUAUGCAUCCAUGAGUAUUUUCAGUACCAACCUCCUGCACAGUGGCAUGAUCAUAGAUCAGACUCCUGUGACCAGGCACUGUCUGGCUCAAGCUCUGGCCCAGCAGUUUUUUGGAUGCUUCAUCUCUAGGAUGUCCUGGGCUGAUGAGUGGGUUUUGAAGGGAAUUUCUGGAUACAUUUAUGGCCUCUACCUGAAGAAAACCUUUGGAGUCAAUGAGUAUCGUCACUGGAUUAAGGAGGAACUGGACACGAUUGUGGAUUAUGAGCUAAAGAUAGGUGGAGUCCUGCUACAUCCCACCUUCUCUGGCGGGAAAGAAAAAGACAAUCCUACACCCCACCUGCACUUUUCCAUCAGACACCCCCACACAUUGUCCUGGGAAUAUUACAAGAUGUUCCAAUGCAAAGCCCACCUGGUCAUGAGGCUCAUUGAAAACAGAAUUAGCAUGGAGUUCAUGUUGCAGGUGUUUAACAAGCUCUUGAGUCUGGCCAGCACAGCAUCAUCCCAGAAAUAUCAGUCUCACAUGUGGAGCCAGAUGCUGGUGUCCACCUCUGGAUUCCUCAAAUCCAUUUCCAAUGUGUCCGGGAAGGACAUCGGACCCCUCAUCAAACAAUGGGUAGACCAGAGUGGGGUGGUAAAAUUUUUUGGAAGUUUUGCCUUCAACAGGAAAAGAAAUGUUUUGGAACUCGAGAUCCGUCAGGACUACACAUCAUCUGGCACACAGAAAUAUGUGGGCCCUAUUAAAGUGACAGUGCAGGAACUGGAUGGGUCAUUUAACCACACAUUACAGAUAGAGGAGAACAGUCUCAAACAUGACAUUCCCUGCCACUCCAAAAGCAGAAGGAACAAGAAGAAGAAAAUCCCUCUGAUGAAUGGAGAGGAAGUUGACAUGGACUUGUCAGCCAUGGAUGCUGACUCUCCUCUGUUGUGGAUUCGAAUUGAUCCGGACAUGUCCAUACUACGAAAGGUGGAGUUUGAACAGGCCGAUUUCAUGUGGCAGUACCAGUUGCGGUUUGAGAGGGAUGUGGUGGCCCAGGAGGAGGCUAUCUCAGCGCUGGAAAUAUUUCCCACACCGGCCUCGCGACUUGCUCUCACUGAUAUUUUAGAACAAGACCAGUGCUUUUAUAAAGUCCGCAUGCAGGCCUGCUUUUGUCUGGCAAAGAUUGCCAAUUCCAUGAUGAGCACCUGGACUGGCCCCCCAGCCAUGAAGUCUCUUUUUACACGCAUGUUCUGCUGCAAAAGCUGCCCGAAUAUUGUCAAGACCAACAACUUCAUCAAUUUUCAGAGCUACUUCCUGCAAAAGACUAUGCCUGUGGCCAUGGCUCUACUCAGAGAUGUUCAGAACCUUUGUCCCAAAGAGGUCCUCAACUUUAUGCUGGACCUCAUCAAAUACAAUGACAACCGGAAGAACAAGUUUUCUGAUAAUUACUAUCGUGCUGAGCUGAUUGAUGCCCUGACAAAUUCACUGACUCCUGCCAUCAGCAUUAAUAACGAGGUGCGCACAGUGGACAACUUAAACACAGAUGUUCGCCUGAUCUUGGAGGAAAUCACACGCUUUCUUAACAUGGAAAAACUGCUGCCGAGCUACCGUAACACCAUAACUGUCAGUUGCUUACGGGCCAUCCGCAUGCUACAGAAGAACGGCCACAUCCCCAGUGACCCCAGCCUGUUCAAGUCCUACGCUCAGUAUGGUCACUUUGUGGAUGUGAGGAUUGCUGCACUGGAGGCUGUAAUAGACUAUACCAGAGUUGAUAGGAGUUCCAGUGAACUGCAGUGGCUUUUGGAACUGGUACACAAUGAUCCAGUCCAUUACAUAAGGCAUGAGAUUCUCAGCAUGCUUGCCAAGAAUCCACCUUUCACCAAAGCAGCGGAUUCCUUGUUGUGUAAUGAAGCUUUAGUGGACCAACUAUGGAAGCUGAUGAACUCAGGUAGAAUGCAUACAUUUAAUUUUUCUCCUCGUAAGUUCUUGUGGUGCUUAUAUGGACUUAAUCCAUCAAUUUACCAAAGUUAUCUAGGCCAAAAGCCCAAACAAUCUCCAUGUUUAGAGAGAGCAUUUUGUGAAUAUGUACUCACAUUUAGUGAAUCCCAGUCAAUAUACAUUAUACUAAUGUUAUGCAACUCUCCAUGUGGUUUGUUUUAAAAAUGUCUCCCAGAAUUCUUAUUACAUGUAUUAAUCCUCAGAACAC